CACACCAAACACCAGUCCGGCUCAAAGCGUCAAAUAAGUAACAUCAACACCUGAUCACUCAAAAUAUUAAAAUGGAGGCUUUAACUUUCAAUCUGAAACAACAUAAGGGCAAGCUGCGUUAUAAUGCCGACUUCCCCAAAGCGCAAAUUCAAAACCCCGACGACGUCUUGAUCCAAGUCGCCUACGCCGGCGUGUGUGGGACUGAUCUACACAUCAUGGAAGGUCAUUUUCCUUGCAAACCGGACGGUGACGUUGUCCUGGGCCAUGAAUUUUCCGGCCGGGUUGUUGCAAUCGGCGCACAAGUCACAAACGUUAAAGUCGGCGAUCAAGUUUCAGUAGAUCCCAAUCAAGGUUGUAUGGUCUGUGGUGAUUGUCGUUAUGGCAACGUACACUACUGUCGUGAUGGCGGCCUUAACAACACAGUGGGCAUCUAUCGCAAUGGCGGCUUCGCGCAAUUUGUCGUCGUCCCCGACGUACAAGUCCACAAACUCCCUUCGGAAUUAUCCCUUAUGCAAGGCGCACUCACCGAACCUUUAUCCUGUAUUGUCCACGGAUGGGAUAAACUGCAACCUAUUCCUGUGGGUAAAAAAAUAUUGAUCCUAGGCGCUGGUAUUAUCGGAAACCUAUGGAUUUCCAUCCUGCAAGGUCAAGGCCAUCGCAAGAUUACCAUGUCGGAGGUUAACAAAAGCCGCCUGGAUCACAUUCAGAAGUAUUUCAGUGGUGUUGAAUGUGUCACACCGGAUCAAUUGUUGAAGCGUGUUGAUAAUGAAGAGUCCUUUGAUUUGGUUAUUGAUUGUUCUGGGAAUGGGAAGGCCAUCGAGCAGGGUGUCAGUGUGUUGAAAACUGGAGGUACCAUGUGUAUUUUUGGUGUUGCAAGUCCCGAAACUCGUAUUAGCAUUGCACCUUAUGAGUUGUUUGCGAAAGAGUUGACUAUUAUGGGUGUGAAAAUCAAUCCGUUUACGUUCCCCAAAGCGCUGGGUCUGAUGCAAUCGCUUUGCGAUCAGUUUUUGGUUUAUGAGAAACUAGGCAUCAAAGUGUUCAAACUCUCGGAGUUUGAGAAAGCCAUUGAGGAUUUGAAGAAAGGUACCAUUGCGAAAGCAAUGUUCCACGUUGGUCUGUAAUUGAUUUUAUUGGAAUUUAUGAAUACUAAUGGUUUAUUGAUGGAAUACUUAAGGAUUUCAAGUCAAUUCGAGUGAUGAUGGGGAUUUUGCACAUUUGUAUGCAUUCUUCGUUAAUGAGUAAACAUUUAUGCAAUAAAAAGAAUAAAAAAUUAGGAAAUUAUAAUGAAAA